AUGGUCCCGGGAAUGGCAGCUUUGUACACCUUUCGCCGUACCCCUGUACUCCUGUGCUCAAGUACACCUGACAAUAAAAUCCUAAUCCAAUUGCCUUACAAUCGCCCAGAGCAAGUGAAGUUUAAAUAUGCAUUAAGCCAGAAUUUUUUGCCCGUCUCUAAUUGCCCAAAGGCUGGAAUGUGCCUGAUAGAUGAGCUGAUGAUUCCCAAGGUUGUGACAGCAUUAGCAGAUUUUGACUGGGACAAUAGCGGGGACACAUUUGGCCUGAACGCCUUUGUUCAUGAGAAAUGGAAGAUUGAGUCAAACGUCCCAGUGCUGGUCGCUACCAAAUGGUCCUGGUUUGUGGCCUGUAUCAAUUGGAGCCAAACAGAAGGCAACUGGGACUUACAACAUUUUUUGCAGAAAAGGCUUGUUGGCAAAAUGCACAAACCUGUGGAAUUUUGCCUUGUAUCAGUAAUUGUCUGGCAAUGGUGCAUUCCACUACUGGGGACAGAACCACAGCUACCCUUAGAAGGGUCAUCUGAUGAAAACUUCAACUGCCCUGAAGUGUGCACCUGCAUUUUUGAUGACUACAGUGAAGAACUGAACGUCUACUGUAGUUCUCGUAACUACACACACAUUCCAAACGAUCUACCGUUCAACGCUAAAGCCAUUUGGUUUGACGCUAAUAACUUUACAGUUCUCCAAUCCCAUGCUUUCAUGAACAUGUCUAACCUGGAUUUCUUGAAUCUGGAGAAUAGCUAUAUACUUACUGUCGAGCAGCAUGCCUUCUAUGGUUUGAAGAUGCUAGUCCACUUGCAUUUGGAAAGGAACAGAUUGAAAUACCUCCUACCAAACGUAUUUCUCCACACUCCAUCUCUUGGAUCACUCAGUCUGAAUAAUAACAACUUCGGCAAAAUUGAAGAUGGGUUGUUUUCUAGCCUCUCUCAUCUCUGGUACCUCAACCUGGGAUGGAACAAUCUGGCAGUUUUGCCUGCUACAGUAUUUUACGACUUACCAAACUUAAAGGAGCUUAUUUUGGCAGGAAAUAGACUAACUUACCUGCAGCCCCAGCUAUUUGUAAAUUUGGUCGAGCUAAAGGAACUUGAUUUAUCAGGAAAUUUGUUAAGAGGCAUUAAGGGGAAUAUCUUUGUGAAGCUGCAAAAGCUUCAGAAGCUUUAUAUGAGUCAUAAUCAGAUCAGCACCAUUGUACCAAGAGCUUUUAUGGGAAUGAAAUCACUUCGAUGGUUAGACUUGUCCCACAAUCGCAUUACAGUACUACAUGAAGAAACAUUCUCUGGGCUUCUAAAUCUGCAUGUACUUCGAAUGCUCAACAAUUCCGUCACACAGUUGAAGCACAGGACAUUCAGAGAACUUCAGUUUCUGGAGGAACUCCAGCUUGGGUACAACAAAAUCAUAAGCCUUUCUGAGAAUGUAUUUGAUGGGUUAGUACAAUUGGAAGUCCUCACACUAAACAAUAAUCAGAUUCAGCAGAUCAAACCAGGUACAUUUGCUGGCCUUCGUGAGGUAGCUGUACUGAAUCUAUCCAGCAACUCCUUAAAGAAUUUACCAGAUCACUCAUUUAAAGGUCUUAUUAAUCUACAUAGCCUGCAUUUAGAAAAUAAUGCAUUCACUAGAAUUCAACCAAACACAUUUUCUGGAUUAUUCUCCCUUCGAAGACUCUUCAUGCAAAGCAAUUACAUUUCAGUCAUUGACAAUCAGAGCCUCAGUGACUUAAAACAGCUUUCAGAACUGGAUUUCAGAUACAACAAACUAAUACAGAUAUCUCCUCAGGCCUUUGCUGGUGUACCAAAUCUCGAAUAUCUACUAUUGAAGUGCAAUGAACUUCAACAAAUUUCUGAAACCACCUUUCAGCCUUUUCAACGCCUUUCGUGGCUUGACUUAUCGGAGAACUUUAUUGAGUUUUUUGAUAAUUACACUCUUACACCCUUGACCAAGUUAAAGUAUCUGAACCUCAAGGACAACUCUUUAAAUCAUUUCCCACAACAUUUUUUGGAGCAGUCCACACAAUUGGAGCAACUACUGCUUGGGGGCAACAACUGGCAUUGUGACUGUUUACUAAAGUCACUCAGAAAUUACAGUCUAAAGAAUCCCCACAUAGUUCCUCGUUAUUUCGAAUCAGCAAUAGAAGACGAUACCAUCAUACACACAUACAACAACAUCACCUGUGCAAGCCCAGAAAUCAUUGCUAGUACAGAUCUGAGAGACAUUAGUGAGGACUAUUUUGGUCAUUGCUAAUAUCAAGUGCAAGAUGGUUUCCUGCAAUCAUCACAUGUAUAUUGCUCAGGCAACAAUGCCCUCGUGGUGCACCGUUCACAACCAGGUAUAUAUUUCAUACACAAUUAUGAAUAUGUCAAGUGAAAUCAAAGCUAGACAGAGCUAUUUGGCUUGGAAUCCAAUAUUACCAAUCAAAUUUGCAACAAA